CGGCGGCCGUGCGCGUGCGCCGUCGGGGUGCGCAGGCCUCAGGAUGACUCGAACCAUGGAGCCGCUGGCGAGGAAGAUCUUCAAAGGCGUUUUAGCAGCUGAACUUGUGGGUGUUUUUGGAGCUUAUGUUUUGUUUAGAAAGAUGAACUCCAGCCAAGAUUUCAGGCAAACAAUGAGCAAAACAUUUCCCUUCGUUUUGGAAGUUUACUACAAAUCCAUCGAACGGUCUGGAUUAUAUGGAGUUAGAGAGGACGAUCAAGAAAAGUGGUUGGAGAGCAAAAGUUAAGGGUGAGUAGACUCUUAAUUCACUCUGAAGCUCUUAUUUCCUUUGCCGUUUGGGUUUUUGAGGGAUUUUCAUCUUCUUCUUGAAAUUUUUCUUCUUCUUGAUGAUACUUUUCACGUCUCUGUUGUGCAGCCAAUCAUCACGCUCAGCUUCCCACUUCAGCUGUUUGAAACCUUUAAGGGGAAAAGAGAGAUGAGUCCAUGCCACUGUAGACUGGACUCCCACAGAAAGUCCAGAGUGUAACUCACCUUCAGGCCACACGGCCUGGGGUUUCCCACCCACCGUGAAAACCCACUGUUGGCUCUCUCCUUUGUUUUCUGAGUAUCUUACAAAUGCAAGAAUAUAAACUAGGAACAUCAGAGAUAAUGAAAAAGAUCUUCAAUCAUAUAAGAGCAAACCUUUAGACAAGUCAGAAUAAAACCGUUUGAGUUUGUAGUCUGUUUGUGUGGCUUAAAUGUCUUGCUAUGUGACAAGCAAGUUUUCUGCCAUUUAAGGACACCUACAAGGAAAUGCCAUUUAAAAAACUUGACUGACAAAUUUAAGGUAACCGGGUAGCGCACACUUGUAAUCCUACUGCUUGGGAGGUGGAAGAUCAAGACCUCAAG